ACCCCCCCCCCCCCCCCCCCCCAGCUCUCUCCCUCCCUCCCUCUCUGUCCAAUCUCUCGCUCGCCAUGGACGCUCCGAGGUCCGAGCAUCCGCACGCGUCCUGCGCGCGCGCUAAGUAAUCAGAGAAGCUGCGAGAGCUCAGCUUGCCCCCCUGAACAGGAGGUAGCUAAGCUAGCAGCUAAGCUGUGGUGCGUGUAGCGGCGCAGCUAGGUAGCGAGCAGUGCACGCGCAGGUGUGUGCUAUAGCUAGCUAGCUAGCUGCUUACUAGAGCUAGCGGUAGCGGUGUAGAGCAGCACAGUAGGACAGGAGCUAGCAGCUGAAGUAAAGCGCCGGUGGUAAAUUAAAAGGAACCUUUUUUGGACAUGGCGGCGGAGAGAGCACCGGUGCUGGUGAGGCAUGCCGGCGGCGGCGUGGAGGCGCUGCGGCAGCUCCCGCCGGGGUUCCGGUUCCGCCCCACGGACGAGGAGCUCGUGGUGCAGUACCUCCGGCGCAAGGCCUUCGGCGUGCCGCUCCCCGCCGCCGUCAUCCCCGUCGUCCGCGACCUCUACAGCCUCGACCCCUGGGACGUCGUCGUCGUCCCUGGCCCUGAUGCGAGCAGCGAGGGGGAGAAGUACUUCUUCGCUGUGCGGCCAGCGGGCGCCGGCAAGAGCGGCGGUGCUAGGGCGACGGCGAGCGGGCGGUGGAAGCCGUCGGGGAAGGAGAAGCCGGUGGUCCUGCCCCGCCCGUGCGGCGGAGGGAGCCUCCUGGUGGGCGUGAAGAGGGCGAUGACGUUCGUGCCCCGGCGGAAGAAGAAGGCGGCGUCGUCGGCGGCGGCGGCCCUGACGACCGGCUGGGUCAUGCACGAGUACCGCCUCGCCGCGCCGCUGCACAAGAACGGCUGCAGCCUGGCUCAAGCUCAAGGAGAGUGGGUCGUCUGCCGCGUCUUCCAGAAGGGCAGCAGCAGCAGCAGGCCGAGCAGGAGGCGAGCGGUGCCGGCCGCCCACCCCGCCGCCGUCGCCGCGUCGCCGUCGUCCGCUAGCAGCUGCGUCACGGACGGGUCGAGCUCGGACCUGGACGAGGUCAACAGCUAGCUAGGGGCGGGAGCCACCGACCGUCCCAGCCGGCCGGACAGCCACACAAACAAGUCAAGAAAAGAACGUAUCACCAGCUCGCAGCUGCCGCGUGCUAGCUGCUAGCUGCCGGCGGCCGGCUUGCCUCUCAAAGAGAGGCUCAGCUCAAGCUGAGUUAGCCUAGCCUUAAUUAAGCGGCCGGAAAACGGAAACGGAAACCAAAACGAAAACAAAAACCAUCCACCGGCACUACCUUAAUUAGUUCCCUCUUGCAUUGCUUGCUCCGACAUUUGUUGUCACUUCAAUUAGUUUUUCUCUUUUCUUUUCUUCUUUCUUUAUUUAUUUCUUUUUUUUUCACUCUCUAUGUAAUGUAAUGCAGUGUAAUUUAAUUAGUGAGAGAAGCAAGCACUACUACCGGCCGGAUUAGUAGUUAACAGAAAAUUACUACGUACUCAGGUUCAGCAAGCUUCUUGUUGAGGUUUCAGUUUCAGAAGUCAUAUAUACGCCGUAUUGCAACUAAAAGCGUACGGGGUAUGUGUAUGUAAUAUGUACGUACCAGCUGCAGAAAUCAGCUCUGCAUAUCUAUGGUCAAUCUGUAACUUGCACGCAGGUUGCCCGUAAAGUCUUUGUGAUAUUAAUUCUUCAAGGAGGAGGAAUCUGAUUA